AUGGGCAAGGAGAUACUCAAGAUAGUGUUGUUGGGAGAUGGCGGAGUAGGGAAGACUUCAUUGAGGAACCAAUAUCUGCACAAGAGAUUCACAAAUACCUACAAGGCAACUAUCGGCGCUGAUUUCAUUACAAAGGAAGUCGAACUGGCUGAACAGGGCAGAAAGAUCUCCAUGCAGAUCUGGGAUACUGCUGGUCAAGAACGGUUUCAGUCUCUUGGAGUCGCAUUCUAUCGUGGUGCUGAUGCUUGCAUACUGGUAUACGAUGUAACAAACCCAUUAUCACUAUCGCGACUCGAAAUGUGGAUUGCUGAAUUCAUAAAACAAGCUGAUAUACCUGAACCUUCCCAUUUUCCCUUCAUCAUAAUCGGCAACAAGGUCGAUUUAGAAACAGAACGUAUUGUCACUAGGAAACAUGGACGUGAUAUGGCUAAGCAGCUUAAAGCUUACUGUAUGGCUGCUCCUCGUGGUGGUGGUAACAGUAGUCUUAACAACAGUAUAGCGGCAAGAGGAGGCAAGACCAAUGUUGUCGUUAGUGAAACAUCACUGAAUCUAUCGAAUACCACCAGCAAGUCAAAGAUAAAGGCUGCUAGAAAGAGUUCUACUGCUAGUAGUGUUAGCGAGGUACUCGGUAAAGGCGCUAGUGCUGGCAGUCUGAGUCGUCGUAGCAGUAGCGUCACAAAGAAGAACUCGACACCCACUCUGGCUACACCCGCUAGUGCAUCAAUACCGAUAACAUCACCACCGUCCCAAUCACUACCAGUAUCAACCAUCCAAUCUCCAUCGACUUAUGGUACGACCACGACGUCACCAACAUCAUCACUAAUAGUUCAACAAACGCCACAGAAAUCAACUCGUGUUUUCGGCAACAGUAAUACCAACAGUACCCGAAAAGCAAGCAGCAGCGGAUGGAGAUCAUCCGUAGCAUCUCAAUUCCAACGAGUAUCACGAAAAGCCUCGACAUCAUUCAAAUCCAACUCGGAACUGGACCUAGGUCAGGAACUAGCUGAUGAUAUAGAUUGGAAGGCGUCUUCUUCAUCUGCAGAUAAUAAUAACAAUAAUAUCAAUAAUGUUAUGAGUAAUGGGUCACACGACACACCGUCGUCACACUAUGAAGACGACGAUGUCAUAACGAACCAUACCACAGAAUCACUACCAAGCACAGCAUCAACCACUAUAGAUACAUUCCCGUUAUUUGAAACAUCGGCCAAGACGGGUACACGUGUAGAAGAGGCUUUUGCAUAUAUUGCCAAAAAUGUUAGGCCACCCAAAUUUGAUUUUGAGAUAUCAGAUCAUCAUCAGAGGGCAAGCUUGAAUGUUGGUGAGGAUGGUGGUGGUGUGAGAAGAGCUGGAUAUUGUAGUUGCUAA